AUGUCUUUAUAUAAACCUUUCGAGGGAACGACACAAGAAGAGCUCAAGCUCCACCGUCCGAAAAGUCCAGACUUCUUGAUUUGUCACGUCUGUGGAUUGAGCUCCAGUUUACAGGAACAUAAUGGGUAUGUCAGUCAUGUAAAGGUCUCCAUGAAUUCCUCUAGGGGUAUGUGGUCUCUGGGUGAAAAGUACUUCUUGAAGGAACUCCCAAAACACCCACAGGGAGAACCCACGAGACCAAAUUCGGACUAUGCAGUAAGCAAACUCUUGAGCGAGAAUUCAAACGUUCCUGUAGCAAAAGAUAUGCGUGGCUGGGAAGAUAGCACCAGCUACUGGCGAUUGAUGGAGAGAGUCCCUGGCACAACACUCCGGGCCGCUCAGCGUGAUUUCACUUUAGAGCAGCAUCGCACAAUCGGCACGGAAAUAGCAGAGUAUCUGGCGGAAGCACGCAAAUUUACGUCGACAAAACCGGAAGCUCCAGAUGGUCAGCCGAUCAGAGAUCAAGAUUUUGGAGCUUCAGAUCACGCUAUAGAUCUGAUGACUACCGAUCGAGAAGAAUGGUGGGCACGUACAGAACCCCGUAUUCGUAACCGCUCCAGCAUCCCGCGGGAAACGAUAAGGAGGUUCAAGGAGAGUUAUCCCAUCAAAGAAGGAGCAAAAUAUGUACUCUCUCAUGGUGAUCUCGACCCAUCUAACAUUAUGGUAAAAGAUGGACAUGUUACCGCUAUCAUAGAUUGGGAGCAUGGAGGCUAUCGUCCAGAAUGGUGGGAAUGGAGUGAGUGGCAUAGUGGGACACGUGAGUCCAGUUUGAAUUUUAUUCGAGACCAUCCAGACGAACUUACAUGGGAUUGGGUUGUUACAGAGCAGAUGAUGCGGCUCGGUAUCGAUGUGGAUAUUCCUGACGAUGUGUUAGCCUUCAUGCGCAUGUAUAAUAAAUAUGUUGGGGAGCCCUCAUACAAAGAGGUACCUAAGUACGAGCAUGAAGAAUACGAUAGGUAUCUGUAUUGGCAUUGCACCAAUUACCGACGUUAUCUUAAUGAUAAGGAUUUGUCGGCGGGUUACCUUGCUGAAAGACGCAAAAAGGAGGUAAAGGAGGAAGCCAAAAGAGCAGCUAUCAUGCUGACCUUCGACAAGCUAAGCCCAGACGAGCAGGAUAUUUUCUUGACUGGAAAGAUACAAAGGGGGUCGGGCGGUGAACGUCAAAGGCCUGGAAACUUGGAUGAUGAUCUCGAACAGCUGGAACUCGACUGA